AUGUCUGAGACCUUGCCAAGACCUGACGAUCUGGAAGCGACCUGGAACUUCGUAGAGCCCGGAAUCCAUCAGAUCCUGGGAAGAGAUGGAACGCCGUCCUCUGCGUUAAAAAGGGUCGAUAAGGUGCUUUCUCCAGCUAUGUACAUGGAAGUAUACACUGCGAUCUAUAACUACUGCGUCAAUAAGUCGAGCUCUGCGGGUCAAUUCAACACAGACAACAACAGACAGAGUCAAUCGUCGUUACUAGUGGGAGGAGAAAUUUACCAGAAAUUGCAAAGAUGUCUUAAGGAUUACUUGUGUAAGCUGGAGAGGGACACCAAUGAGAGUUUUUUGCAUUUUUAUGUAAGACGUUGGAAAAGGUUUACGGUAGGGGCUAUUUUCUUGAACCACGCGUUUGACUACAUGAAUCGUUAUUGGGUGCAGAAAGAGCGUAGUGAUGGUAAAAGACACAUCUUCGAUAUCAAUACGCUGUGCCUGAUGACGUGGAAAGAAGUGAUGUUCGACAACAACGUGGACCAGCUGGUGCAAGAAGUUAUGCAGGUCAUCACUCUGCAGCGCGACGGGUGUGCGAUCUCGCACACUGACGCCAAUGUGGCCAUAAGGUCAUUUGUGGCUUUGGGAAUUGAUCCCCAGGACUUGAAGAAACUCAACCUGAAUGUCUACAUUCAGUAUUUCGAGAAAUCCUUCUUAGAUUACACACGGGCUUACUACAAACGGUUUUCGGAGCAGUUUUUGGAAAACCGUACUGUUGCGGAGUAUAUUUUCGCCGCCCAAGAAAAGAUCAAUGAUGAAGAAAGCAGGAUUGUGCUUCACUUAGACGAGCAUACCAAGAAACUUUUGUCUGAGGCUUUGAACACCGUUUUGAUCACCGAUCAUUCGCAGGCCCUGGAAGGUGAAUUUGUUGCCUUAUUGGACUCUAGAGACGAGCACAAGAUUUCCACACUUUACGGGCUCAUGCAGCGCGACAUUUUACUUCUCCCUAAACUAGCACAAGCGUACGAGAGUUACGUGAGGAAAGCAGGUGAAGUAGAAAUUUCUCGUCUGAUUCUUAACACUAAGACCAAGUUGAACGAGGUAACGGACGAAAAUGCGCCCCAGAGGAAGGCAAGUGCUAAUUUUAUUGUUCCUCCCAACGAGUACGUUAAGAAGCUCAUUGAAGUCUACGAAACGUUUACGAAGAUAACGAAGGACUGUUUUCAAAAUGGUCCACUGUUCACCAAAGCACUUGACAAUGCGUGCCGUGCCUAUAUUAACGUCAAUGAGCUUUCGAUUCCGCCAGGGUCACCCAAGUCGGCCACUUCAAAGACUCCCGAGAUGCUUGCCAAGUACAGCGAUCUUUUGCUCAAAAGAUCCAACAAAACUACUGUCGACGCAUCCUCUGCUCUAUCUGCUGAUGAUAUCAUGACUAUAUUCAAGUUUCUCACAGACAAGGAUGCUUUCGAGAACCACUACAGACGCUUGUUUGCCAAGAGAUUGAUACACGGGACGUCAACCUCCGAGGAGGAUGAGGAAAUGGUUAUUCAGCGUCUACAGAGCGAAAAUAGCAUGGAGUACACGGGGAAGAUCACCAAGAUGCUGCAAGACAUUCGUUUGUCUAAGCAGCUCGAAGUAGAGUUUGAAAGUGCUAUUAAGAUCGCACCAGAUUACACAAGAGAAAGAUAUCCAGCAUUUCAGCCGUUUGUGUUGGCAGAAACCAUGUGGCCAUUUUCUUACCAAGACGUGGAAUUCAAUCUGCCUCAAGAGCUCACGCCCACACACGGUGGGCUUGAGAAACUUUACUCCAACAAGCAUAGCGGGAGGGUACUCAAGUGGCUGUGGCCACUGUGCCGAGGUGAGAUGGUUGCCGACAUUGGGAAACCGGGCAGACCUCCUUUCGUAUUCACGGUGACGCUGUUCCAGAUGUCGAUUUUACUGUUGUUCAACGAGCGCUCGACCGUGACGUUGGAGGACAUUCAAGAGCACACCAAUUUGAGCACCACCAACAUUGCGUCGUCUUUGAUUCCGUUUAUUAGGUGGAAACUGUUGCAGCAGACUCCGGUGGGGCUGGAUGCGUUGUCUAAGCCAGACACUGUGUUCAAAAUUGCUUCUCCUUACAAGGCGCUCAAGACCAAGAUCAAUUUUGCUGCAGGUGUGAAGAGCGAAGUGCCCGGAUUGGGCGGUGCAGGUAACGGAGUAGGUACCGGCGGUGCCACUGCUGCAGAGAUGUCUGAAGCGCAGAAAAUCGAGAGAGAGCUCAACACCGAGCGCCAGAUUUUCUUGGAGGCCUGUAUUGUGCGGAUUAUGAAGGCCAGACGCAGAUUGCCACAUGCCACACUGGUGAACGAGUGUAUUGCACAAUCGCACCAGCGGUUCAACGCCAAGGUCUCGCUUAUCAAGAGGGCCAUCGACAACCUGAUUGCCAAGGAGUAUCUACAGAGAUGCAGUGACGGUGAAAGCUACGAAUAUUUGGCGUAA